AUGUCUCCGACUCCUCCAUCUAAACGACAAAAGAUACUGUCCUCUGUAGAAAAUAACAACAAUAACAAUUUUCAUACAAUUGCUAGUGUAAACUUAUCAAACGGGAUGGAAGCCAAUGGAGAAAUUUCUGAUCUGGAUGAAAGUCUUUAUAGUCGUCAGCUUUAUGUUUUUGGGACUGAAGGCAUGCGCCGAAUGGCGACUACUGACAUUCUGGUUGUUGGCCUAGAAGGACUUGGACUUGAAGUAGCCAAAAAUAUAACCUUGGCUGGGGUUAGGUCUGUGACGCUAUAUGAUAACACCCCGAUGUGUUUGUCUGACCUUUCUACUCAUUACUUCGCGAGCAUUGGUGAUAUUGGCCAUCCUCGCGCUGAAGUUUGUAAGAAUAAGUUGGGUGAAUUAAAUAAUCAUGUGUCUGUUCACGUCGUGAACAAAUCGAAACUAGGUCCUGACGACCUAAAAAAAUUUAGUGUGGUAGUAUUAACUCAGGCAUCUGAAGAUCUGUGUGUAGAGUACGGGGAUAUAUGUCGAAGUUAUGGUGUCAAAUUCAUUGUUGUAUCAACCUGUGGCCUGUUUGGUAAAGUGUUCUGUGACUUUGGAGCCGAAUUUGUUGUGCAUGAUCCAACUGGUGAAGAUCCACCCUCAACAAUGAUUCAACAAAUAGAGCAGAGCAAAAAAGGGAUUGUAACUUGUUUGGAAGAGACUCGUCAUGGAUUUCAGGAUGGUAACUAUGUCACAUUUUCCGAAGUAAAAGGCAUGGUUGAGCUAAAUGGUUGUGAGCCUAGAAGAAUCACUGUUGUAGGACCUGAUGCAUUCUCCAUUGGGGAUACAUCAAAUUUAAGUCCUUACAUUGCUGGUGGCAUUUGUACGCUUGUUAAAAUGCCACUGAAGCUCAAAUUUAAACCUUAUCGAACAGCCUUCUCCUCUCCAGCUUUUAUGACAACAGAUUUCGUGAAAACCGAACGUCCUGCUCAGAUUCAUCUUUUUUUCAAGGCUCUUAGCGAGUUUAAAAAUCAAAAGAAAUCUCUUCCCAGACCAUGGUGCAAGGAAGAUGCACGUGCAUUCUUGGAAUUUGUUGAGAAAGUGAAUGAAGCGAUGAAAGGUACAGAUGCUGCAGUUUCAUCAAUUGAUGAGAACCUCGCAAUGCUCUUUGCAUGCAUCUGCUCAGGCCAAUGUUCUCCUAUUCAAUCAGUUAUAGGUAGUUUUGCUGCACAAGAAGUUAUGAAAGCUUGCAGUGGAAAGUUUACACCACUUCAACAAUGGGCCUAUUUCGAUGCAAUGGAGUGUCUACCUGAAGGUUCAUUUCAAGAUUUAUUAGUUUCAGAGGAUGACGCAAAGCCGAUUGGAUCGCGUUAUGAUAGUCAAAUUGCUAUUUUCGGCCAUGCUUUCCAGGAGAAAGUAAAGCAACUGAAAUACUUUAUCGUUGGUUCAGGUGCAAUUGGGUGUGAGUUACUAAAGAACUUCGCCUUAAUCGGAGUCGGGGCGGGACCAUCGGGAAAAGUUAUUGUUACUGAUAUGGAUCUCAUCGAAAGAUCAAACCUAAACCGACAAUUUUUGUUUCGCCCAUGGGACAUCCAUAAAAUGAAGUCCGUUGUUGCUUCAACAGCCGUCAAAACCAUAAAUCCAGAGUUCAAUAUUGAAGCUCAUGAAAAUCGUGUUGGACCAGAAACGGAGAACGUAUAUGAUGAUUCAUUUUUCGAAAGUUUAGAUGGUAUUGCAAAUGCGUUAGACAAUGUUGAAGCACGCACUUAUGUUGAUCGUCGUUGUGUCUAUUACCGCAAAAUCUUACUCAUCCUCUCAGGAUCCCCAGAAAAAUCAUUCCCUGCCUGUACUCUGAAAAAUUUCCCAUAUCUUAUUGAACAUACUCUUCAAUGGGCACGCGAUUUAUUCGAAGGUUUGUUUGUUCAUCAAUCACAAGCUAUGAGCUCAUUCUUACAGGACCCUUCAGGAUUUUUGGAAAGAACAUUGACAACUCAAGGAAAUCAACCCUUAGAAAUCCUGGAAACUUUGAAAACUAAUUUGAUGGAUAAACGACCAAAUAAUUUUGAGGACUGUGUUACGUGGGCCAGAUUAAUAUGGCAGGAUUUAUUUUCAAACACAAUCGCACAACUUUUGUUCAAUUUCCCUCGUGAUCAUGUUACCUCCACUGGUGCUGAUUUCUGGUCAGGAACCAAAAGGUGCCCGCAUCCAUUGGAGUUCGAUGUCCAAAAUGCAACACAUUUGGAGUUUAUUUUGGCGGCUUCAAACCUCCGAGCAGAAUGCUAUAGUAUACCGCAAUGCCGAAACGUUGCCAAGAUCUCGGAGAUUGUUCAGAAUGUGACUGUUCCUCCCUUCGUACCUCGUUCAGGUGUGCGGAUUGAAGUGACCGAAGCCGAGGCGCAAGCCAGAGCAGCUGCACCGAUGGCUGAUGCAUCCCGGCUUGAAAAUCUUCAAAAGGCAUUACGCAAUUUCAGUGAUACUCAGAAACUGCAUGUCAACGUGAUUGAAUUCGAAAAAGAUGAUGAUGCUAACUUUCAUAUGGAUUUCAUCACAUCAGCAAGCAAUUUAAGGGCUGAUAAUUAUGAGAUUCCUCAAGCUGAUCGACUCAAAAGUAAACUGAUCGCUGGUAAAAUUAUUCCCGCUAUAGCUACCACAACUAGUUUAGUGGCUGGCUUAGUGUGUUUGGAAUUGUUUAAGAUCGUUCAAGGUCAUAAGAAACUUGAACGAUUCAAAAAUGCUUACGUUGAUCUGGCAUCACCAUUCACCUCUUUCUAUGAACCGGUACCACCUGCGAAGUCGAAAUACUAUGAUACAGAAUUUUCAUUAUGGGAUCGAUUUGAACUUUCUGGUCCAAUGACUUUACAAGGUUUAGUUGACUACUUCAAGAAUAAUUUAAAGUUGAAUGUGACAAUGUUAUCCCAAGAUGUGUCGAUGCUUUAUGCCUUCUUCAUGCCGGAGGCAAGGCGAAAGGAACGUUUAGUCAUGUCAUUGAAACAGCUUGUGGAAACAGUUAGCAAACGUCAAAUCCCUCCACAUGUCAAGGCAUUAGUUUUCGAUGUCUGCUGUAGUGAUAUGAAUGAUGAAGAUGUUGAUGUACCGUAUAUUCGCUAUGUACUUGAGCCAACCAAAUAA